UCAUUCUUUUCCAUCACGCAUUACGUUUAACCACACUAUUUCUAAUUCUUAUUUCUAAUAUUUAAUAUUUAUUCCUGAUAUAUUUUUUAUUGCGCACAGAGCCUUACAUUUGCCGCAUCGUGUGGAUAUGACUUUGCAGCGUAAGCGGCCAAAUCGAACGCAGCCGUAGUUGUGCUUGGUUGUUUGAUUGAUGUACAACUGUCGCGAUGGAAGAGAGAUCUAGUCAUAUUAAAGAAAAUAAUGAUAACGAUAUUGACGUAGAGUCGAAAAUAAUAUUAAGGAAGAAGCUCCAGAUGAAAUCCGAAGCGCUUAUGUUACUGAGCCAGGAGUUGGAUCAAUGUAGAAUACAACGAGACCAGUUUAAAUUGAUGGCCGAACAAAUUCAGGAGAGAUUUUUGCAUUUGAAGAAACAGAUGUGCGAUACAAAAGAAUCGAAUAGAUGUUACAACUUGGACGAUGACUUUAGAACUCUGGAUCUGUUAAUGGAAACACGCGAGCAGAAUAAGUGUCUCAGGCUACAAGUGGAAACGCUGAGACAAAAACUAGGAGAUGCUGAGGGCGAUAUCAAGGCAUUACGUAUGAAUAACAAUCGUUUGUCAGUUGAUCAACAAGAUGCGCCACUUGCGCCCUCGAUGCAUCAAAGAGAGGAAAUGAUAGAACAGUUGGAAAAGUUAAAUUUAAAGUGUUCACAAUUGCAAACAGACUUACAAACGGUUCUGGAUGAGAAACACGAGCUAGAGAUGGAAAGAGAUGCUUUUAAGUGUAAGGCACAUCGUUUGAAUCAUGAGCUAUCCAAAGCUCUAAAUGCUUCCAAGCCAGUUGACUUGGAUGCUCUUAUCAAUGAAAACAGGUACUUGCAAGAAAGAUUGCAGCAGUUGCUCGAAGAAAAGGAACUCACAUGCCAGUCCUUGUCGAAAUACAAGAGCAUGUUGGAUAGUAAACGCACUAAAGGGGCUAUUAAAUUGGGGGCAAAUUCUGCAGUUGGAACUAUAAUGACUCAUAAACAAGUCGAGCAGCUUCUCCAAGAAAGUUCUUAUAUACCGCCCCAGAAGUCCGCUGCUGCUGUUACCGAUUUACGGUGUCUCUGCACAGCUUUGCUGGAGGCUUUGAACGACAAAACUUUAGCUUUAGCGCACCAGAAGAAAGCGAACAAAAUACUGGCAUUAAGAAUCUGUGAAUUGGACAGUGCGGUGCAGUCACCAACUAUGAAACUUUUGGAGGGCUACACGAGCGCCAAUGUCGACUUGAGAUGUGAUAACGAGUUCAACGAUUUGGAACAUACGAAUAAUGAUAGCGCGGAUAGUAUCGAAGAGACCAACAUUAUAACAAAACAGUGUAGCUCUUCACCGGAGAAUCAAGUUAUACAACAGUUGCAGUCUAUACAGAUGAGUCUUCCGAAGAAUUUGGGGGUAUUGGUGCAGAAGGCGUUAAAUAAUCUGAAAGAUAAUGACAAACAGAAGUUAUGAAAUUGAAGAUACACAGUGUCGAAAAAUAUAUACGUGCCUCCGUACGUACACGUACGCAAACGUGUGUACAAAUCGUGUCUCUGUAAACGGAAAAGUUGAAAUAUUCUAAUGAAAGAUUCGUCAACUUCUCGCUUGUCACACGUGUGAAUCUAGUCUCUCUCGGAACUGUAUAUCUUUCAAAAACGUCGAACUUUAUUGUGACAACUUGUUGUCCUCAAUGUAACGUGAAACUCUACUUAAUAUUUUUAUCGAAUUUAGCAAUAAUCUCGUAGUUUUGAUAGAUACGGACUUUAAUGAACCAAAAAAAAGACGGUUGCGUUUCUUACACAAUGUCGGUUAUAAGGGUUGAUUUGACAUAUCAUUUAUGUAGAACAUAACUGUAGCACCAUAAUAAGUAGAUUGAUAAUAGGACGAUCGUAUUAAAUGACGACUACGUUCCUGCAGAUACUUUUUGUGCAAGACACCGCUCAGACGAUCCAAUUAUAAGUUGAUUUCCGCCCUGAGUAUCCCGUAAGAAUUAUCGGCAUCAGAUUCUCUGGUUUUUGCACUUGAUUAUAAGAUGCAUUUCCUCUAUAUAAAAUAGAUCUGUACUCAUAAGAUCUAUACGUCACACAUCUCGCAUGUGAUGUAUCUGUAUUUUGGAAGAAAAUGAUCACUGUUCAUAUCUCUUUAGUUUUUCAGUUGGUCGAAAGCUGCGUAUUAAAACUGAAUGAUAAAGAAAUUAAAGUUGACUCUUUCUUCCGCGAUGUAGAUUUAGUGAAUUUAAUUUUUAUUUGUUAACUUCGCUUCUCUCGAUUUCAUGUCGUUUUACCUCUUCCAAGCGUUAAACGCUUGGACUUUCAUGACAGUCUCUCCUCGAUUUCUCUCCUCUUCCACGUAUCAAAAUACCAUUUUUUUAGUUAUUUGGCUGUAAAUGACAUCAACUUUAUGUUUCACGCGUUGGCUACGUUCAGCAAAAAAAGCAGCUUAGUAAGCACUUUCUACUACGCUGCCAACAAUUUUGCAACUAUUAUAAGAUUUUUCGCUGAAUGGCACUUAAAAGUUUAUGCUUUUUCAAUAUGUUUACUAAACGGUCUAGCGUAUUAAAAUAUGCUGAAAAUAAUGUAUAAGCUUGUAAGUAUAAAAAAGUUUUUCUACGAUGAAUAAGAUAUCGCGCGACUUAUUAUUUGUUAGGUUAAUAAUUUUUCGUUUACUAGCAACAAGAGAUGAUAUGCAACGCGAAUACCAAAGAUUCGUAUUAUACACACGCAUUUUAUUAUAGGCAACAAAGUCGAGCGGAACUUCUGGCAAUUAUUUCUUUUAUACUUUGAAAAAAUAAAAUACGUUUUAUAUUAGAAUAAAUAAUUAAUGUU